ACGCUGGGACUCCGAUUUCAUUAGGUUAGCUGAAAGCCUAAUACGAUUGGUUGACAUGUCGUUUCAUGGUCCGCCGUUCCCUCCCCCCACGCCCCUCCUCUUUCUGAACUAAGAAAUUAAAAAAUCGCGCCUCUUUAAACCUAACUAAACCCUAACCGAAGCUCCAAGCUCAGUGGGCUGCGGAUCUUCAAUGGCGGUCCAGAGCUCGACCUCCCCCGAAAUGCAUGCUGCAGCUUCCAAUGGCGUUGGUUCCGCUCAAUUUCAGUUCUUCGAUGAAUGAACUGUGGCCUCCUGGUCUUGGUGCAGUGUGGAGGGAGUUCUUGUGGGGCGCCAUGGCUGGGGCCUUUGGAGAAGGAAUGAUGCACCCGAUCGACACUAUAAAGACGAGAAUUCAAAGUCAAGCGAUUCUUACUGGAAGUCAGAAGGAGAAGACGAUUUUUCAGAUGGUCCGCACUGUCUGGAGCGCAGAUGGAUUAAGAGGGUUUUAUAGAGGCGUGACUCCUGGGAUCACUGGAUCUCUGGCAACUGGAGCGACGUAUUUUGGCUUCAUAGAAUCAACCAAGAACUGGAUUGAUGAAUCGCAUCCUGAUCUUGGAGGGCAUUGGUCUCAUUUUAUUGCUGGAGCAAUGGGAGAUACCCUUGGUUCUUUUGUAUAUGUUCCAUGUGAAGUGAUGAAGCAGCGAAUGCAGGUUCAAGGUACGGCAGCUUCUUGGAGUCCUCUUGCCUUAAAAGAUAAUGCACCAGUAAAACCUGGUGGGCAAAUGUAUGGGUAUUAUACUGGAAUGUUUCAUGCUGGGCGUUCAAUCUGGAUGGAACAGGGAUUACGAGGAUUAUUUGCUGGAUACCUGUCCACACUUGCUAGGGAUGUGCCUUUUGCUGGUUUGAUGGUCAUGUUUUAUGAAGCUCUUAAGGACAUAACCAGUUAUGGAAAGCAGAAGUGGGCACCCAAUUCUAAUUACAGCAUCAGUAGUUUGUUUGAGGGACUCUUAUUAGGUGGAUUAGCUGGUGGUUGCAGCGCAUAUCUAACCACCCCACUCGAUGUGGUCAAAACAAGAUUGCAGGUACAAGGACCCACAGUAAGGUACAAUGGUUGGUUGGAUGCCAUACAUAGGAUAUGGCUUAUAGAAGGUCCCAAGGGACUAUUUAGGGGAAGCAUUCCAAGGAUCACGUGGUACAUACCAGCCUCUGCUCUCACUUUCAUGGCGGUCGAAUUUCUCCGAGACCACUUCAAUGAAGGAUCAUUGGAUAGGAAAGACGCAGAAAAAGUUCCAAAUUUACCGAUUGACAGGAAAGGGUCAAUUAGGGAGGUGGCAUAGAGAUGAAGCUCGAAAAACUGCUUCAAUUUUUUCUCUUCUUUAUCACGAGGCGGUGUAUCAUAUCUGAGCUCAAUUUACAGCGAACGAAUUAAUGAAGAAUGAGCAGGAGCAUAGGUUAGAGUCGUCGAUGAUUCUUCUCAACUGAGAAAUCGAUUGUUUUCUCGAUUCAGAGGAUUAAUGUCAGUAGCUGCAAUAAACGAAUGUCUCGGUUUCUGCCAAAUAUAGUGACGGGUCUAUGCUGUACGCGGUUGAGACUUGUAAUAGGGAACAA